AGGCUCGCGGCAAUGCGCAGGAGCAUCAGAGUGCGCGCGCAGACGACACUGCGCCAGUCGUCAUGGGGUCGUGGUCAGGAACUGUCGUCCUACUGGUGACUAUCUCAGCAGCCGUACUGAGUACGCCGCUCAUCAACCAGCUACAGCCCGGCCAAGAGUGGCCGCAACUAGUGAAGCAACCAUCACACGAGUCAGUUGAAGUAAUAUCAGAGAAGAGUACAGGAGAGGUAGAAGGAGAACUUGUUAUAGUCAAACCUCAAGUUGAUAAAACUGAGCCUGAAGACGAGGGUAAUGAAGAUGAGGUUACCCCGGAAAUUGAUUUUAAAACUAAAUCUUUAAUUGAAGGUAAAGAAGACACACAAAAAGUAGAUUAUACGGGAGCCCAACUCUGGAAAGUUUCCACACAGAAAGACGGUUGGCGAAUCGUGUUAAGCAGAUUGCGACGCCGAAAUCUUAUAUCAACGUGGGGAACGAAUGGCACUACCAUUGAUAUACUGGUACAGCCGCAUGCUAUACAAAAUGUUACCAAUGCGUUGAAGAGAGAAAACAUUCCAUUUGAUGUUAUCAUUGAAGAUCUCCAAACUAGAAUAAAUCAAGAGAACCCACCGCUUGACGAGAAUGAAAUAGAACUCCAGGAUAGAAGAGGCCAUCGUAUGAACUGGAAGCAGUACCACAGACUUGAAGAUAUUCAUGGCUUUUUGGAUUAUCUCGCCAAAACUUAUCCUGCCAUUAUUAGUGUCAAAAGUAUCGGGAAAUCACAUGAAGGAAGAGACAUAAAGUUACUGAGGAUUUCCAAUGGUAACCCGACUAAUAAGGCCGUGUUCAUUGACGGAGGUAUUCACGCGCGUGAGUGGAUCAGUCCCGCUACAGUCACCUACUUCAUCAAUCAAUUCGCUGAAAACUUUGAUGUUGAGCAUGAUGACAUCAAAAACAUUGAUUGGUAUUUCAUCCCUGUAUUGAAUCCGGAUGGCUAUGAACACACACAUGUUAGAGAUCGUCUGUGGAGAAAGAACAGAAGACCUGGUUCCGGAUUACGUGGUUGCGCUGGCGUUGACCUCAACAGGAACUUUGGAUAUCGAUGGGGAGGAAAAGGCACAUCGAACUACCCUUGCAGUGAGAUUUACAGAGGACCCAGGGCUUUUUCGGAACCUGAAUCUAAAGCUGUCCAGGAGUUUUUCCAAAACACUGCCGCCAAAUUCAGUGCAUACCUGACAUACCAUAGCUAUGGCCAGUACAUCCUAUACCCAUGGGGAUACGAUAAUGCAGUGCCACCAGACCACAACGACCUCAACGAUGUUGGCAACAAUAUGGCACAGGCCAUAAAAUCAGUUGGGAAUGAUAACUAUAUGGUUGGAUCAUCAAGCAAUUUGUUAUAUCCAGCAGCAGGUGGCUCCGAUGACUGGGCCAAGAGCCUGGGCAUCAAAUAUGCCUACACUAUCGAGUUGAACGACCAGGGCACCUAUGGAUUCAUACUACCCACACAGUACAUUGAACCUGUUGCUAAGGAAUCCUUGGCCAGUCUGAGAGUAUUGGCUGCAGCUGUCCAUAAAAUUUGAUCUCUUCAUCAAUUGCCAUUUUAGUUAAGGAAAGUAGAAUGUUACAUCCUGAACAAGCUUUUAUGAGAAAAGUAAAAGAUAAAUUAUUAGAGUGCAUUUUGAAAACACUGGCAUGCAAUAUUUGCUGUUGUUUUCAUUAUGAUGUAAACUUGUGUGUUUUAUAGUGUUAUUUAAGUAACUUAUUCCAAUAUUUAAAUAAAAAUUUAAUUACCUUU